AUGAUGACGGCAUCCGACUCAGCACGUGUGAUCAACCAGUUCAAACAUUAUCCGUACCUCAUUUCCAAGUGGCUAGACCCUCUUCUUGCUGUUGGAAUGGGUGUUUCUGCGUACUACCUCUACGAGAAACGAGUUGGCAGACCAGAGGGCCACACCUUGAACGAGCUCCUCUUGGAGAAGCUCAAGAAGAUGAACGUCCUCUAG